AUGGCCAACGCAGAAAAUUUGCAGACAAUGGCCUCCAUCUCCUCCCUUCCGAGAGAGCUGGUAUCCGAAGUUCUUGCACUUGUCGCAGCUUCUUCAUCCACUGAUCUUUUCCGGGCAAAACUAUGUUGUAAGGUGCUUUCCGAAGUUUCGGAAGAAAACUAUAUUUACCAACGUGUGUCCCUCGACAACUUUGCAAUCGUUCCAUGGCGUAAAAAUCAUAAAGUUUCCAUGUUCUUGAAGAAGUGUAGACGAAGCAAAAAUCCUGAAGCCUUGUAUCGAAAAGGAGUGGUUGAUUAUUUUAGAGGUAAGAAUCUGGAAUCGGCAUUGGAAUGCCUAAACGAAGCUGCGAAAUCAGGCCAUGACGAAGCUGCCUAUGCCUUGGGAAUAAUUUUCCUCUUUGGUGGGAACGAAUUAAAGCGGAAAGGUAUGACUCUGCUUAGCGCCAUGAAGAAAUCAAGAAUUCAGAAACGGAGAGUGAAAGAUUGCCGUGACAAUUUGCGAAGGAUUCUGAAGAUGAUUUGGGUAAAAAAUUCUUUGGUUCUGAGCCAAAGGCCCGUUUGUUGUGCCAUGCAACAUAAGAGAAAAAGAGGUUGGCUUGUGGAUGACAUUGAUGAAGAGGAGAGUACAUGUGAAGGCUGCGCUUGUGACGAAGAAAUUGCACCAAUUUGUGAUGCCUUACCUCAAUUUCUUGUCUAA